GCGAUACACCGUUUGUGCUCGUUUUUGUAAACAGCAGUCCCUUGAGACGAGCACAGACUCCCCUUUUCCUUCCUCCGUAGUAGAAGCAGCAAGAGAGAAGAAGAGAAGCAGGUGUUGUGAAGAGAGAAAGGAGAGCGAAAAGAAACGAAAUGGCGGGAAGACUGAGCAGCGUGGGAUCUCGAAUCAUGGGAGGCAACGGCGUGGUGGGGCGAUCCCUCGUCUCGUCUCUCCGCACCCGCUCCGGCAUGGGUCUCCCCGUCGGCAAGCACAUCGUCCCCGACAAGCCCCUCCCGGUUCACGACGAGCUGGUAUGGGAUAAUGGCACCCCAUACCCGGAGCCCUGCGUAGAUCGCCUCGCCCCCACCAUCGGGAAGUAUGAGGCAUUGGGGUGGUUGUGCGGAGGCCUGGGCUUUUUCGCUACGCUCGGGUUGUUGGCCGUCUGGAAUGACAAAGCAUCAAAGAUACCCUAUACCCCAAAAGUCUAUCCAUAUGACAACCUGCGUGUCGAGCUGGGUGGAGAGCCAUAGGAGCAUGCUUGUAAGGUUCCAUUUAGUACCUGAUAUCAUAAACUUUGCUUCUUGUUUACAGGUGCUUCCUAUCAACUAAAAGAACAGAAAUAAUGGAUUAUGUGCAAUGCUUGGUUUAUUAUGCUCUUGUAUUUCAUCAUCUUAGCGGGAUGAACUUGUGCAUUUCCAUUUUCUGAUUGUGAAAUUUGUCAAAAAGGCUGCAUUUUCAGUGCCCUAUAACUUAGCCUGCAAUCUGGCUUUUCUCA